AUGGGAAAAGACAUUGCUCCUAUCGAUGAUUUAACUCUUUCGAGCGCCAGAGAUGGACCCGCACAUUUACGAAUUAAGGUGUUGCAGUAUGUAACAAUGUUAAAACUCUUCUCAGAAAUCAUGGAAGAAUACAACAUGUCUAUGUCAAGAUAUCAUGACAAAUGUCGUUUACUUUUACAGCAGCAAAAAAUGCUAAUCAGGAGGCACAUAACAAGCGAGGAAUUGGAUAAGCUACUUGACUCUCAAGAAAAUAGUUUGUUUGUUGACAAUAUUUUAGAGGAUAGCAGGAUUACAAGACAGCAAUUGUCAGAUAUACAAAGUAGGCAUAAUGACAUAUUGAAAUUAGAAAAAUCUAUUACAGAAAUUAGAGAUAUGUUUACUGAAAUGGCAUUCCUUAUUGAAAAACAGGGAGAACAAUUAAAUAGUGUUGAAUAUUUUGCUGGGAGAACUAUAGAUAAUGUGGACAGUGGUCGUACAAAUCUCAAAAAAGCAGAGAAAAAGAGUCGUAGAUACAGAAAGAGAAAUAUUAAGCUUGCUAUCAUUAUCAGUGUAAUAAUUAUUGUUUUCUUACUGAUAAUUAUCUGUUUAUAA